AUGCACGCCCAUCCGACUGUUUGGUAUACACUUCUUGUCGCAAUGACGGGGUACAGCUCCAAGGAUGAAGGACCUCAUGGUUCGCAGUCGGACGUAGUUUCCCGGUGGGCACAAUCCGACCUGGAACCCGCGAGAGAGGACAAGGAAGGUGCCUUGAGGAGCGAUUAUAUCGAUCAAAUGCCUCCGGUUUCGGCACUAAGACUACUCUGCGUUUAUAUCGAGCUGCUUGUUAAGCAGACUAUUGACGAACUGGACGACUGCCAGGUAGAUGCUUCUUCCCUAGCCCAGGACAGGGCUCAAGGUGAUGGCGUGUCCAGCGGGGAAGCCACCCCCGUAGGCGGUACCGAGAUACAUUGCUGCCCUGCAGGUUAUAAUGAUGCAGGACGCGAUCUUAUCCAACUGGACAUACUUUCUAAGAGGUUUCUCUCAAAGCGCGUGCCUUCAAUCACAUUAAAAGACUAUCUCCUACGGCUUCAUCGCUACUGCCCAAUGUCAACAGCCGUCUAUCUUGCUACAAGCAUGUACCUCACCCGAAUGGUUACUGUCGAGAGAACCAUAUCACUGAACCACAGGAACAUGCAUCGUUUAGUCCUUGCUGGUCUUCGAGUAGCCAUGAAAACGCUAGAAGAUCUUAGUUAUCCCCAUAGCCGCAUUGCAAAGGUUGGUGGAGUGACUGAACGCGAACUUUCGAAGCUCGAGAUCAGCUUUUGCUUUCUGGUUGAUUUUGAGUUGCGAGUCGAUGUUUAUAUGCUCACCAAUCAGGCAAGGGCUCUCGUGGAGAAUGUCGGCCAUCACAGUGAUAUUGCCAGUUAG